AGAGAGGAGGACACAACAAGUUAGGAUGUGGCCUAAAUGUUUUUACUCCUGGACAUUUAAAAGUUGUAUUAUUUUUAUUUGGAAUUUUUAAAUUACAAGGAUUCUGGAAAGAUUUAUGCUAUUUUUAACAAAACGGAGAACUGUUUGGUAUUUUGAAGGAACAUAGAUCCACUUUGACCCCUUGUUGUUUGGAAAUGGGGGCUAAUUUCACUCUCUGCUGCUGUCACGUCCCAAAGCACAACCGAGAAGAGAAGAAGGCUAUUUUAUGCAUGCACAACACUUCAGCUUACAAACAAACAGGACUUUUAUCCAGCGAGUCCAGCGACAGUAACACGGAUGAGGAGAGCCUCUUUGGACCUCCAUCGGGAAGAAGUCGGUGGGAAAACCACCAGAGCCGGAGAAGAACGGCAGAUCUGUGGGCCAGCUCAAACAUACCCUCUGAGUCCAUCAGACGUGGAUCAGACAGAGAACUGCAGGCUUUUAUCAACAUGAGAGACCAGGCUGAUCAGGCUACAGAGGAAUGGGAGAAGCUGAACUAUGACAUCCACACUUUGUGCUACGCCAGACGGGAGGUCAGGUAUCGAUGGAAGAAGAUCCUGCUGCAGCUGGGUUACCAGUGUGAGGUGGACUCCUUGCUGUGUGUGAACCGGAAGAGCCGGUUCGGUCCAGAUCAGGAGCAUCUCGGCAAAGCUACUGAACUGUUGACACAGCUGCUGGACCACACAUCUCUGUUCCCGCCAGGGACAGAACAUCACAACAGAUACCUUUAUGUUAUGGAUCGCCUGGUUUCACUGGACAGCGCUGAAGAGUUUGUCAGACUGGCCAAGCACAAAUAUCCCAAGAAGGAAGGCUGAGACACACACAGACAGCAAGAAAAAGAAAAGUUAAAAUAACUGAAAAGACUCUGUAAACCAGGCACAUGUACAACAACUUCCCAGUAUUAAUUUAAUCGUAAAAGUUUUCGAAGUUUUACACACAUUUACAAAUUUUCUCUUCUGAUUGAAUCACAUUUUUAUUUUGUUCUUUGUAACUCAAUAUAUAUUAUUUUCAUUUUAAAAGUUUAAAUCUAACCAAAUGGAAAAGAGGUGAUCAUUAAACAUGUGCCUAUAUGACAUUUGGGGCAAUUCAUGUAUUGGGGCAAUCCAUGUAUGCACGCACGCACGCACACACACUGAGGAAAAGAAGAAUUUAACUGCAGCUUUGCAAGUUCUCCCACUUAGAAAUCAAACAGGGUCUGAAAUUUUCAUCAGGGAUGGUUUUCAUCAACCUUCAUUCUCCAAACACUGCGAGUAGAAUUCAGACCAAAAAGUUCCUCCCUUGUAGUUCUGGGCUGAUUCCUCAUCUUUCUUAGGAUCAUUGAUAAGCUAUAUAUUGAUAUUGCUUCAGCAGUUGAUCUUUUUAAACCAAACUGCUUGGCAACUCCCUCAUAGCCCAUUUCAGCUUUGUGGAGGUCUACAAUUUUGUUUCUGUCGCUGGACAGCUCUUUGGUCUUAACCAUGUUAGUAGUUGGAGUCUAACUGAUUGUGUGGGGAGGACAGGUGUCUUUAUGCAGCUAACGACCUCAAACAGGUGCUUCUAAUUUAGAAUAAUAAGUGGAGUGGAGGUAGACUUUUUUAGAGGUGGAUUAAUAUGGAGGACCAAACCUAUCAUUAUUGGAAAUAAAUGUAUAAAUAUAUA